UAACGAGCCAAACCUGAAUAAGGUAAAGCUCGACUCAACCUCGUUAGUAGCCCUACCUAUCCCACCCAUAUACAUUUGAAAAGGAAAGCUAAUUAUGUUUGUACUAAGUUGAAACUAAAUUUUUUUCGUUCCAAAUUAAUUAAGCUCAUGCCAAAAAUGGUUAGUGUAUGAAUGGAAAUGGAUUGAUUCAUCCAAUAAUCUAGAUCAAAACUAAAAAAAUUAGACACGAAUCUGCCAUUUAUCUAAUUGAACCACUCCACGUGAUAUGGCAGUAGUAUACAGGGGAAAUCCGUUGACUGUCUGCAGAUUAUAACUAACCAAACGAUGUAUUAGCAGCAUCGAUCCACAAAUGAGUUUCAUCUCCAUGGAAUAUCUCCGCCAAAAGAUGAUCUCUUGCUCAUUCUCCAGUGAAGCAUUCAGUAUCCCCUGCCUGUUCACUCUUGCAACCAUCCUUGUACUCACCUUAUUCAUCAUCCGAAAACAGAGGUCCAAAACCGCCGCUCUAAACCUGCCGCCGGGGCCAUGGAAGCUUCCCAUCAUAGGAAACAUCCACCAGAUGGUCGGCGACCAACCCCACCGCCGACUCAGAGAUCUGGCCCGCAAAUACGGUCCCGAUGUGAUGCAGCUUCAGCUUGGGGAGCUCUCUCACAUCGUGAUCUCAACCCCUGAAGCCGCCAAACUGGUGAUGAAAACCCACGACCUAGCUUUCGCUUCCAGGCCUUCUCUCCUCGCCCCAAACAUACUCUACGAUGGCUGCAAGGACAUAGCUUUCGCGCCAUACGGAGAGUACUGGAGACAGAUGCGCAAGAUCUGCACUCUGGAGCUCUUCAGCGCCAAACGAGUUCAGUCAUUCCGCCACAUCAGGGAAGAAGAGGUCUCCAAUCUCGUGGCGUCUCUGACUCGUUCUGCAGAUGCAGGGGAGCCUGUGGAUCUGACUCGGAUGCUGUUUAAGCUAACGAGUACCGUUACUGCCAGGGCCGCGUUUGGGAAAGUACAGGAGCUAAACGAUGCUUUUCAGAUCGUUCUCGACAACAUUUCGGAUGUCAUUGCCGGGUUCAGAGUCUCUGAUCUUUAUCCUUCCAUCAAAUUCCUACCUGUGCUCACUGGGUACAGAGCAAAACUGCAAAAGAUGCGUAAAGCAUCGGAUUCGGUGUUGGAGCAAAUUAUCGGCGAACACAAGUCAAGAAGAAGGGCGGGAAGAAAAGAUGAUGGCGAAAAAGAGGAUCUUGUCGAUGUUCUUCUGAAUCUUCAAGAAAAACAGGACCUUGGAAUACCCAUUACAAUGGAGGUCAUAAAAGCGGUGACUUUGGAAUUGUUCCUAGCUGGAAUCGAAACAUCGUUGACGGUAAUAGAAUGGACUAUGUCAGAGAUGAUACAGAAUUCAAGAGUGUUUCGAAAGGCACAAGAAGAGGUCAGGCAAGUAUUAGGUGAGCGAGGAAAAGAUGUUGAUGAAGCACAGCUUCAUCAAUUGAAGUACUUGGACAUGGUUAUCUCGGAAGGUUUAAGGUUACAUCCUCCUAUUCCUUUACUCAUUCCCAGAGAAAAUGGUGAGAAGGUGGAGCUCGAUGCAUAUAAUGUCCCAAUCAACACCAAAGUCAUUGUAAAUGCAUGGGCGAUCAAUCGAGAUCCUCGUCAUUGGGCCGAGCCGGAGAAAUUCCAUCCUGAGAGAUUCUUGGACUGCUCGACGGAUUACAAGGGGAAUGAUUUCCAGUUCAUUCCGUUCGGUGCUGGAAGAAGGAUAUGUCCCGGGAUUUCUUUUGGGUUGGCGGUUGUCAAACUGACCCUGGCGAAUCUACUCUAUCACUUUCAGUGGGAACUUCCAUCCAAAAUGAAACAAGAAGGUAUUGAUAUGACUGAAAGUUUUGGCACGUCACUGAGAAGGAAGAAUGCUCUUCGCUUGAUUCCAGUUUCGUAUGAUGGCUUGGCCUAAAUGGAGGUUAAAAUGUAUAACUGAAAGUGAAGAUUCUCAUUACGAGAUCAUAUGCUUCCCCUUUUCAACUUGUUGCUUGUGAUUUCUUCACUCCUAUCAUAAUCAUAAUUAGCAAUUCUCAUUUUGUCGUUGAGGCAAAAUUCGAAGCGAAAGAAUAUUAGUGGGUGCGAGAAAAAACCCGAUUUCUAAUAUCACAUGUGAUAGAUGGGUAUAGUUUUCCCAUUAUCCAACACAAAUUCGAAUCCUAUCCUAUCCUAUGAGUCCCCAAUCUCCACUACUCUAGUUACCUUGCAAUUCUGGUAAUCCUUGCCACCCAUUCACCUCUGUCACAACACCGGUACCAAACACUUGGCCACUGCGUUAUCUCCACAUCGACCAAAGAAUGGCAAUGAAACUGGCGAAACUGG